AUGCAGGCGCUGUUAACGCUUCCUGGAAUUGGAUCCUAUACGGCUGCAGCGAUUGCUUCAAUUGCUUUUGCACAACCUGCCCCUGUUAUGGAUGGCAAUGUUAUUCGCGUGUUGUCUCGGCUUUUUGCGAUAGAACAAGUUCGUCCUAAGUUAGAUAAAGCUGUUUAUGCAAAAGUUGAAGAGUUGACACCAUUAGAACGGCCAGGCGAUUAUGCACAGGCGAUUAUGGAUUUGGGUGCAACUGUUUGCACACCCCGUAAUCCAGAAUGCAAUGUUUGCCCUUGGAGCAAGAGUUGUAAAGCUUUUCAAAUAGGAAAUGUCUUACAAUUUCCACGAAAAAUUGAGAAAAGCCAAAAGCCAACCCGCUAUGGUGCUGUUUUUAUUCUGAAAGAUGAAAAGAGGAAAACAUACCUUUUGGAAAAACGUCCUGAAAAGGGCCUCCUUGGCGGGCUUGUUUUCUUUCCAACAACAUCAUGGCGCGAGUCAGGGAAAUGGCUUUUGGAAGAAGUUACGCAAGAGGCACCGUCAGGUAUUUCUUGGACGCCUCUUCCUCCUAUUGUACGCCAUACAUUUACACACUUCCAUUUGAAGCUGCAGUUGAUAGAGGGGCGCAUUUCCAGUGUAGAUCAAACCAAGGGGGUAGAGGAUUUCCUGGUGAAGAAGGAGAUGGAUAGUUUGAAUGCUUCAGAUCAGAAGCAAAAAAGGCCUCCAAAGGAGCUUUUCUGGAAGCCUUUAGAACAGUUUUCAGACCUUGCCUUACCAACAUUAGGCCGCAAGGUGGUGCAUGCCUUUCGUAGCGUGUAA